AUGAUUAGACUGGACUGUAUCGUUGUUUAUUUUCCAAAUGCGAAUCGUCAGAUGUAUCGGCACAUUCAUUGUCACAAGCAUAUAGUCAUAACUCCACGCAUUUAUGUCAAAUCAGCCUUUCAGAAGAAAAGGAAGCCAUUUCUUUUUUCUUAUGACUUUUGUAAUUGUGCUCGUAGUUUAUCAUCUGGUUUUGUCUCAGAGUCUCGCCUACGUCUCUUUCGUACCUUUCGCGUCUUUACAAUUUCCUUGCACCUCUCGCUUCUACUUCUAUUCUGCAGAGUAGCGCCGCGCGAAUCGAUCUACUCUUUUAACCUCCACAAAACCAGUCCCAUGGCCGAAGACUCGGGAGAACCAUCUUCACCCCGUCACAAAGCCUUUUUUAAGCCGUUUAGACGCCUAGGUCGCUCGUCGCUGCGCUUUAAUUUGGCAGAAUCCCCGGAUCUUCCUCCCACAGAAGAGUUUCAGGCCAUCGGCUAUGAAUCAGUGUCUCACUCAAAUGAGCCGACUACUGUCCACCGUCUUCCCAGAUCAGACCAUACCGAACGAAUAGAGCGAGCCGAAAGAUUUGAUCGCUUCGAUCUGGUUUUUCAGCUUUCCCCAGUGCAUCACGAGUCGUCAAAUCGGCCGUUCCAGGAUUCUUCGCAUCGUUCUUCAUGGGGAUCCGACGAACGCCAGCCCACAAUGGCUCUGCUGGAUCGGCUUCAGAAUAUGCUUUACUCACCACUGGCAAAUAGCAGUGCUGCUAGCUUCGCUUCCUUAGAUCCCAAGCGGCCCGAUCCGCAUUCCUCCGUCUCUGUCGGAGAAAUGGGCCCACCAACACCUCAAUUUGCUGGCUUAAACAAGCCAAAGAAAAUUUCAGCAAGUGCUACUCUCCAAUCUUUUAAUAUGGUGACUUCCCAAAUCAACUUGAUGCCGCGGCCGGAGAUUGUAGACGCUCUUUUCGAGCGUCUCUUGUCAUCGCGAGUGUUCCCGGAGCAAGCGUUUCUGAAUAUAUCUACCAAGAGAAAAUGGGAACUUCUUCUUAGCGAAAAUGAAACGAAUCUGGAGUAUGAUCUACGUUCUUUGGUGAAGGUGGAGACAACAUUGACGUCGCCUAUGCAACGUUCGAAGUCUUUGUCGAAACCAUUGCAUGAGGAGAGUAAACUUCAAAAGCAGAAGUCACUUUCACUACCACGUCGUUCCUCGUCCUUGGCUCUCUCUGCAGACUCGGAACCAGCUUCGGCACAACUCAAGAAACCUCGCAUCAAAGAGGGCUCGCCAUCGUGGUUUGUGGCGAAAAUCGUCGCUGACAAAUUGUCAUCUAAAAACUACCGCAAGUUGGCGAAAAAACUUGAAAAUAAGAAACCUUGGAUAGAAGAAUUUUGCACUGCUCAAGGAGAGGCUGCACUUUCGGUGGUUUUGCAACGCAUAAAUACAAAGAGUAUCAAAUCCAAUGAUGAUAUUGAGAAGGAACAGCUGAUUUGCCAGUGUCUCAAAUACUGUUUGGCAUUAGAACAUGAUCCUCUAGAAGAGUUGGUUUCUGCUGAUAUUCAUGAAACUUCUUCUAUGAAGUCAGGCACACUGUAUUCAAUCAUGACUAGAGUGCACCUCAUCAAUGCAAUGAUGAACUCACUUUUAUCUCCCAGCUCAGUGACGAGGUUAGUGGUGACCGAAAUACUUGUCUACUUGACUCAUUAUGACAAUUUUAAUUACCUUCCUCAUAUUUUGGAUGGAUUCAAAUCUGUACAAGACAGCGCUGGAGAUUUCGUUAAGUUUCAACCAUGGCUUAAUACAUUUGAGACGGCGGUUGAUCAGCAUCUUAUAAGUGGAACUGCCUACAGGUCUGGGAAUGAUACCACCUUCAAGAAUUACAUCUGGACCACUCUAGUACUCAUAAAUAUGAUGAUCCAUAAGUGCGAGUCAUUGAAGGAUAGGAUGUCCAUGAGGAGAGAUUUUGCCGAUUCUCGUUUGCCAAACAUACUAGACAAAGUACGCAUGAUUGAUGACGAUCUGAUCAACCUCCAAGCAGAUGAGUAUGAAGACAGGGCAGACGAAGACUACUCAGAACUCCUCCAAGAUAACCAUCUUAUACAAACUGGUCAGGAUAUUGAUUUUGACACAUUGGAAAACGUGUUCGCUCAAUUAAAGGAUACAUUUGCUGAUGAUGCUGAUCAGGAUUCACUGUUUGACCUGGUUCUGGGAUCAGAUCGUUUAAAAUCUAUCUUGCAAAAGAUAAAGCGCAUUGGCAUAGAGACUGAUCCACCAGUAGCUAAAAAAUUGUUAGCGUUAGUUGAUGCGGUGUUAAUUCACAUCAUGAAUGAGUCCUCUGUGGUAAGUUAUGAUUCCCAGACAGUCCUUAAUAUCACGGUUCAACGGUUGAUGGACAGCAUGGAAACUAAUGAAACUGCCAGAAGGGCAGUGAUGGAAACAAUUGCAUUAAAAAAUGUGAUUAAGAACUUAGAAGCCGAAAAACAAGAAUUGGAGAAUGAAGUCGGUAGUGGGGCCAAGGAGACAAUUGAUCAGCUCAAAAGUCAAGUCUGUAACGACGCAGACAUGAUCAAAAUGCAAACCAAACAGAUAGAAGUUUUGCAGUUUCAAAAGAAGAAACUUGAAGACGAACUAUUACGAAUAAAAAAAGCAAACCACACAAAUGGUGCUAGCGUAUAUACCCCCACGUCAGCGUUCCUGAACCCACCCGCAAUCGCUGUCUCUUCAAACAAUCGCAGUUUUGUUGUCGACGAGCUUGAAGUCAAACUCUUGUCACAAAAGAACAACAAGGGUGCCAUCAAAAAGUCAAAGGCGUUGAGUAAUCUCACAGUCGAUGCCUUUGGGUCUCCCAAACUUGAGCAGGACUCAAGUCAGGCAUUCCUGAAUGUAUAUCAAACUGGUGCAGCUAGGAGGACGCUUGAAGAUAAUGAAAAUAAAAGUGCUUCCAAGAUUCCUCCAAAUACUCAAAACGAAAACCCACCGCCUGUUGCGCCUCCAUUACCACCUAUGUUUUCCACAGAAUCCAGGUCAUCGUCGACUGUUCCGACACCACCACCACCACCACCACCACCGUUACCUCCGCUAUUGACUAGCUUUAAGCUGCCAGCACCCCCUCCACCACCACCACCGCCUUUGCCUCCGCUAUUAAGCACCAAGGCGAGUAUUCCAGGUCCACCACUUCCUCCUCCUUUGCCCGGAUUCUUCAGCAAUGAAUCUUCAUCACAAUUUCCACCACCUCCGCCACCUCUCCCAAGUGGCUUACUAUCAGCGUCACAAUCAUCGAUUGUAUCUCAAGCGGAAAGACCCUUUUCAAGAACUGCUUCUCAACAAUCUGGCUUGGAAAACUCAGCAUUGGACCAACAAAUGGAUAGUGAAAAAGAGAAUGAAACAUUCCAAUCAUCGCAAGAGAAAUUAAUUCAACCAAAAGUGCGGCCCAAGGCUAAGCUCAAACAAAUGCACUGGAACAAAAUUGACGACAUCGACAAAACGUUCUGGGGUGGAAUAUCCCAUUAUGAGGUUUCUGAUAAGCUUUAUCAAAAGGGAGUGCUUGUAGAAGUUGAAAAAGCUUUUGCCGCUAAGAAUAAUACGAUUAAAACGAGGGCUUCCAGAAAACCGGCAGGUACGAAAUCAAAACCAGCCAAAAUUACGCUUCUUCCAAGAGAUCUCGCACAACAGUUUGGCAUCAACCUACACAUGUUCAACAAUAUGAGUGUCGAAGAAUUGAUUGGGAAGAUUGUUCGUUGUGAUGCAGAAAUUCUUGAAAACAUUAGUGUUCUAGAGUUCUUUAACAGCGACGCUCUCAACGAAUUCCCUGACUCACUUGUUAGAAAUUUCAGUAAAUAUGCCAUUGAUUACUCUAGACCCGAUGUGAAACCUGAAAAAAGUGAAGAAGAAUUAGAACGGUCAGAUAGAAUAUUCCUAGCAAUUUUUAAUAUGCGAAGCUAUUGGAAGUCAAGAUCCAGAGCAUUGUUGUUGAUGCAGACGAAUAAGAAGGACUACCUUGAUUUGGUUAAAAAACUUGACUUGAUAGAUGAUGCCACGAAAUGCAUUCGAUCAAGUGACAGUUUAAAACAGGUUAUGGGGAUUAUCCGAUCAGUGGGUAACUUCAUGAACGAUUCGUCCAAACAAGCAAUGGGGUUCCGUCUUGAUACCCUUCAACGGUUAAAGUUCAUGAAGGAUGACUCGAACUCCAUGAAUUUCUUGCACUAUGUUGAGAAAAUUGUGAGGAACAACUUCCCUGAGUACGGACUGUUUGUGGAUGAGCUUGCUGUACUCAAUCAUAUGCACAACAUUCUGAUUGAACAGAUUGAGGCAGAUUGCUCUGAAUUUGUCAGGAACGUUUCGAAUGCCAUUACGUCUAUUGAGAAAGGAAAUUUGAGUAACAAUGAGCAGUUCCAUCCUGAUGAUAAUAUUUUGCAAGUCGUUAAAUCGCCGCUUACGUCAGCAAAAACAAGAAGCAACAAUUUGCAAUCCCAUAUAAAACGAACAGUCGAAGAAUUCAACAUGCUAAUGGAAUAUUUUGGAGAGAAAACAGAUGAGUCGGCAAGCAGGAGUCUGUUUUUUGAAAAGUUUUCCACAUUUGUCAAUGAGUACAAAAAAGUUCACGCAGAAAAUGUCCAGAAAGAAGAAGAGGAAAGAGCAUAUCAGGCCAAGAAAUUGAUCAUUGAACGCAAGGAAAUUGCACGAAAAGAAAGGAAUGAAAAUGCCAGUCGCCGGCGUGCUAAUAAGAAUAAGGAAAGGCAGAACCCAUGUGAGCAAGAUCUGAAGCGAUUAGGUAAUCAAGAGAAGAGAAUCGAUCAAGAAUGUCAGCAGGUACUCGAAGAAGAGGACGAUAAGGAAGAGGAAUAUUUGGAGGAAGAUGUCGAAUCAGAAGGAAGGGCUGCUAUAGAUGAUUUACUUUGGCAGCUCAAAUCUAGUCCCUUUAAAGGAAAUAACGGAGCUGGAAAGGGAAGGAAGGCUAGGGAUAGAAGACGUUACUCUCUUCAUCGAUAUUCAAGCAUCGAGAAUGGCACAUCUGAGUUGCCGCUUAAUGAUUACGAGAGUGUGAAUCUUUUGAAGAGGCGCAUGACUACGAGAAGAAAGAAUGGAGAAGGUGGUGGAAGAACCGAUAUGGAUCAUGUCAUGCUACGAGCGCAACUUAUGCUUAGUGACUUAAGAAAAGAAGAGAAGGAAAAACGAGAAGGAAGAAGAGAUGAAGAAGCUAAUGAGAAAGGAGAAGGAAAUGCAAAAAAGGAGAAUGAACUGACGCGCAAGGAAUCUUAUAGAAAGAAUGAUCUUGAAGAAGCUGAAGAAGGAGCUGAAGAAGGAGCUGAAGAAGGAGCUGAAGAAGAAGCUAAAGACGAAGCUAAAGACGAAGCUAAAGAAGAAGCUAAAGAAGAAGCUAAAGAAGAAGCUAAAGACGAAGCUAAAGACGAAGCUAAAGAAGAAGCUAAAGAAGAAGCUAAAGACGAAGCUAAAGGCGAAGCUAAAGGCGAAGCUGAAGACGAAGCUAAAGAAGAGGGAGACAGAAUGGGGUAA